GGGUGCUGUCAUACGACGAACAAGUUCUAGGAGCAGCCUACGACGCGGACUUGCCUGUACGGAACAUCAGUUGCCUUACGUUGAUCCCGGGAUCAGCGCUAGCUGGAGCGUCCCACGGUACUGGAGAGGGAUUGAGAAAGGGGCUAGAAAAUGCUUUAAACGCCUAUAAUUAAGGCUUGGGAGUUGACAUCUCUAUGCGCGUCUCUAUGGCUAUCUCAAGUAGGAAAGCCAUAGAUAUUCGAGCUAGAGACGCCAACUUUCAACCUCUAAUAUAAACCAGGUGGCGACACUCGGGGUGAAGAAACUUCUUCAGAUGAACCCAAAACGUCGGCACACAGUACUCCUAGUAGUUUGAGCAGUAGAACUAGUAGUAGCAUCAGUAGUCUGCUAGUCGAGUCUUAUGGUGGGAGAUUGCUGCGGACAAGCGAUGGUGAUGAACGGAAACAGGACGCUGUUAAUGCAAAAGAAGACUCAAAAUUUUCAGCAGGAUCUUCCCUGACUGCAACGACCAAGGCGAAGAAGUCCUCCUCAAGGAAGGUCCACGACGAUGAUGAUGGCGAUGCUGAUGGAGAAAGUUCCGUGUCAUCAGAUGGUCUCGCUGCAGCCGUGGAAAGCGCACUAGAUGGUAGGAUUCUAGUCUCCACAGAGGGCACGUGCGUCGUUCUGUCCGAUGGGUUUGAUUCUAGUGAUGCUACGGGAGACGGGGCUGUGACGCCAACAACAACUGUGGCACCUUCUCGUAGAAUAGACAUACCGAGUACCGAUUUCGUGUCAUCCUCAUCCUCCGAAGCGCCUCCUUCUAAAGUCGAGUAUCGUUUUACGAUGAGCUUUACCUCGGCGACUAGCAUUGGCGAAGAUGCAGUUCGUGCAGAAGUAGAGAGGCCAGCUUUGGUUACGGCUUACCUUAGUCCAUCUUUUGAAGCGUCUUGGAGCUGUCCCACAAGGGGAAGACAGCUCCGAGAUGAGUUCCACGAUGGAUUUGGGUGAGUUCUAAAUUGGUAAAUUUCCUCGAAAAACAAGUUGCACGAUGGAUCGAAAUGUCGGACACAACAAUGGGAAGUAAUACUAGUGUUAGUUCUUCUAAUACUAGUUUGCUAUCUCUUGAGCAGCUUAGUUCUUCUAAUACUAUUACUAGUUUGCUAUCUCUUGAGCAGCAAGACAAGAGCAGUGGCGGUACAGCGAAAAUACCGAGUACUGUUGUGCCCUCCGCUAGUACUUCUUUAAACAAUCCUCGUUCAACAUCCUCUGAAGACAGUACUUACGACACUUCUUCUGGCAGUAAUUACGACUCAACAUUAUCGAGAGGGCCGUUGAGUUACCUAGAAGAAGUUGCGAAGCAUGUAAAAGUCGGAAUAUUUACGCAAAAGACAGAAGUAAACCCUAAGGCAGAUCCCGAUUACCCUAUGUUGCGGCCACCAGUUCUUGACGCUGCUCGGUUAGCUUUCGGCGGCUUACUUGAUCUGCUGGAAGCAGAGGAAGAAGAAAACACCUUAGGGUCUUCGUUUUCAGAAGUUGAAGAUGGAGAUGAGGGCUUCGUAAGGGGCAGAAGUAGAGGUACUCUCCUGGAAGAAGGGACUUCAUUAUCUUCUUCCUUGUCUUCUACUGUAGGAACUUCGGACAAGAACAGGGCACGCCCAGGAGUUAGCAGUCCUCAGGCGGCUAGAAAGCCUAGUACUAGUAGGCAACAUGAUGUACAGGAAGAUGG